GCAAUCGUAGCGACUACCGACAAUAGUGUAAUACCGGCGGGCGGAGUCUUUUCAGUUCACGGCGUCACCAAUUAUCUUGCAUUUCUUUGCUAAUUCGCUCCCUGUUUCACUGGCACAGCUCACAAAAUAAGAAAAAAAUCUCGAAAAUCCGAGCGAAUCCGAGAGAAUUUCGCUUCAAAUUAACGGGAGUAUCAUCCAGUCUCCGCUUAUUUUCAGUUGUUUUUUCGCAUCGGAAAUCGUAGGCGAGCGAGGUAUUGGUGUUUUUUCUUCUGGAUUUUGGGAUUUGGUGACGGACUUGUGAGCGAUUCUUGCGAAAUGGAGACCUGGCAAGCAGCCGGAUUGGAUGAUUCCAUCCGAUGAGACGCCAGCCGGUAGUGAUUGCCCCGUCGGAAAAAAUGGACAGAGGUGCCGGGAAGAAUCAGAAGUCUCGGCUUUGUUUUCUAGCGUUAUUGUCGGCGUUCUUCUGGAUCCUAUUGUUGUACUUUCAUUUUGUUGUGCUUGGAGGACAUGCUGUUGAUGAAUCGAUCAAAUUAAGCCUCCAAGAUAGACCUGUAAACUUGCCGGUGGUCCGGAAAUUUGCUCCUUCUCGUGUUGUCGACGCAACGAAAGUUGAUGUGAAAUCAACCCGCGAGCCUACAAAGCCUGUAGACCAGCAGCCUAAGUCCACCGCCAAACCUGAGGUUCAGAAUUUUCCUUUUGUUAAAGCAUUGAAAACUGUUGAAAACAAGAGCGAUCCAUGCGGUGGGAGGUAUGUAUUUGUUCAUGAUCUUCCUUCUAGGUUUAAUGAGGAUAUGCUGAAGGAGUGUAAGAGUCUAAGCCUUUGGACAAAUAUGUGCAAGUUCACAACUAACGCUGGGCUUGGUCCACCACUUGAGAAUGUGGAAGGAGUGUUUUCAGAUACAGGGUGGUAUGCGACGAAUCAAUUUGCAGUCGAUGUGAUUUUCAGUAAUCGAAUGAAGCAGUAUGAUUGUUUGACUAAGGAUUCUUCCAUUGCUUCUGCCUUUUUUGUACCAUUUUAUGCUGGAUUUGAUAUUGCGAGAUACCUUUGGGGAUAUAAUAUAUCUACUAGAGAUAGAGCUUCACUUGAUUUGGUCGACUGGCUUGAGAAAAGGCCCGAAUGGGGCGUUAUGGGUGGUCAAGAUCACUUCCUUGUUGCAGGUAGGAUCACAUGGGAUUUCAGGAGGCUCUCUGAGGAAGAAACAGAUUGGGGAAAUAAGCUUCUGUUUUUACCUGCUGCUAAGAACAUGUCCAUGCUUGUGGUUGAAUCAAGCCCAUGGAAUGCCAAUGAUUUUGGUAUUCCAUAUCCAACAUAUUUUCAUCCAGCAAAGGAUGAUGAUGUGUUUAUUUGGCAGGAUCGGAUGAGAAAGCUAGAACGCAAAUGGCUGUACUCAUUCGCUGGCGCUCCACGUCCCGACAAUCCCAAGUCAAUUAGAGGGCAGAUUAUUGAUCAAUGCAAGAACUCUAAGGUCUGCAAGCUACUCGAAUGUGAUUUUGGUGAGAGCAAGUGUCAUUCUCCGAGUAGUAUAAUGCAGAUGUUUCAGAGCUCCCUUUUCUGCCUGCAACCUCAGGGCGACUCGUAUACUCGAAGAUCUGCCUUUGACGCUAUGCUAGCUGGCUGCAUACCCGUCUUCUUCCAUCCAGGGUCAGCAUACACCCAAUACACUUGGCAUCUCCCCAAGAAUUUUACAAGAUAUUCAGUAUUCAUCCCAGAGGACGAUAUCCGCAAGAGAAAUGUUAGCAUAGAAGAAAGGCUUUCACAAAUUUCUCCUGAGCAGCUGAAGCUAAUACAGGAGGAGGUAAUCAGUAUGAUUCCGAGAUUGGUAUACGCCGAUCCACGCUCUAAGUUGGAGACUUUGAAAGAUGCUUUCGAUGUCUCGGUGCAAGCCAUUAUCGACAAGGUUACGAAGCUGAGGAUAGAUAUUAUUGAAGGACACACAGACAAAAAUUUUAUCGAGGAAAAUAGUUGGAAGUACGCGUUACUGGAAGACGGGCAGCGGGAAGUUGGACCUCAUGAAUGGGAUCCCUUCUUCUCCAAACCAAAGGAUGGGGAUUCUGGUGAUACAUCUGCAGGCGCUGCAAAAAAUUCAUGGAAAAAUGAGCAGAGAGACAAAUCAUUAAAUUCCUAAUGAUUUCCACAGAUAAGUUUUAAUUUCUAAAGAACAGCUUCCUGCAUCAAGCCAGGGACGUUUUAUAGAUUGAAGGCUUAAUCACCAUCCAGUUAAAGGGCUGUCCUUCAAAAACAUAGCAGCGGGUCAGUCCUUUGCUUAUAGUUUUCUUAUACAGAAAUCAUAGUUCCUUACAUGCUUUUCUCUCUAAUUCUCUUAAUUCUUUGGAUUGAAAUUUCUCAUUUUGUUGGCUACUUUUUCCUUCUCAAAACAGUGCACAAAUCAAGUCAUUUAGAUUUUA